UACAAAACCUUGCUGAGGCUACGGGUAUUAAGGCGUCACAAUUAAGGAAAUAGCCAACAACUACGAUAUGCCGGUCGCCGUGGCUCCAAAAACACACCGGGAGGAUGAUGUCAACUAUAACUUACAUUUCAGAAUGAUAAACGAGCAACAAGUGGACGAUAUCUGCCUUGAUUUCUUCUACAAACCACACACCAUCACACUCCUGACAGUCACUGUGCUCAGCUUGAUGUACUUUGCGUUUACAAGGGAUGAUGAGCACUCUGACAACAACCUCCGAGUUGGUCUUUUGGUGGUUGUCUCCUUCUUCUUGGUCAUCAGUAUCCUGGCCUUUCCUAAUGGACCUUUUACCAGGCCACACCCUGCAAUAUGGCGAAUGGUGUUUGGCCUCAGUGUUCUGUACUUCCUGUUUCUUGUCUUCCUCCUCUUCCUCAACUGGGACCAAGUAAAGUUACUGAUGUACUGGCUGGACCCAAAUCUGCGCUAUGCCCAGCGGGAAGCAGAUAUUAUGGAAUAUGCUGUGAACUGUACAGUGAUAACAUGGGAGCGGAUCCUGACCCACUUCGACAUCUUUGCAUUGGGUCACUUUGCAGGCUGGGCCGUGAAGGCUGUGCUCAUCCGCAGCUAUGGCCUCUGUUGGACCAUCAGCAUCACCUGGGAGCUCACUGAGUUGAUAUUUAUGCACCUGCUGCCGAACUUUGCGGAAUGCUGGUGGGAUCAGGUCAUUCUGGACAUCCUGUUGUGUAAUGGAGGAGGCAUCUGGAUUGGUAUGACCGCCUGCCGAUACCUGGAGAUGAGAACCUACCACUGGGCCAGCAUCAAGGAAAUCCACACCACCACAGGAAAGAUAAAGCGAGUGGUUCUCCAGUUCACACCAGCCAGUUGGACUUACGUGCGCUGGUUUGACCCAAAGUCCUCCUUUCAAAGACUGACUGGCAUCUAUAUCUUUAUGAUCCUCUGGCAGCUGACAGAGUUAAACAUGUUCUUCCUGAAGCACAUAUUCGUCUUCCAGGCGUCUCACGCUUUUAGCUGGUGUCGCCUUAUUGUCCUUGGAGCCAUCACUGCACCCACUGUUCGACAAUAUUAUGCAUACCUGACUGACACUGAGUGUAAAAGAGUUGGCACACAAUGCUGGGUGUUUAUUGCCAUCUCUCUCCUGGAGGCGCUUGUUUGUGUGAAAUUUGGUAACGACUUGUUUUCCAAGACACAAGUUCGCUAUGUGUUCCUGUGGCUGCUGAUUCUGGCCCUCAUCACACUUCUAUGUCUAUAUGGGAUGAUGUGGUACGAGCAAAAGAAAAUUAAGAGCAUUUCUGUACAAAGUGAAGACCACGAUGACAGCAGUGUUGACGAGUCUUGCGGUGUCAUCCCAGUUGGUGUUGCAGCUGAAAAGGAUUCAUUGAGUUUACAACCAACAAAACUGAGGGAAGCUUCUCUGAGGAACAGAUUUGUGAAUGAACAUGGAGGAAAGGAACAAUAAACAAGAGCACUUUUAAUUCCUCUAUGAAAGGGUGAAGGGUGGAACCAACAAGGGCAAUAAAGUUUGCAAAUAAAUGUACUAAAUACAUGUUAUAAAAAAUGCUUCCUAGGGGUAGGAGCGCAGACUCUAAAACAAAUUCACACCAACAAGCCUUUAUACAAUCGGGUCAAAGGUGCAACACCAUUUAAAGCGGAGGCAGCAUUUACAUAUCUUAAUACUGAAUGAAAAGCACGUAAUUGGUCUUGCAAUUAUUUCAACCAGACUCAAUCAAGCAGAGAACAUGCACUGGAUUUUGAAUGAAGAAAACUGCCUUUUUUUUUUUUACCUAUACACUAGAAGGCUAGCCUCUUCCAACACACAACAUGUUCUUCAUAACAUUACUAAACAUUGUUUGGACACUUUGCCCUGUGGGAAAUGUAAUGUCCAGUCAGGGAAAUGUUUAUGCCUAUGAUAUACUAGGACUUUCUUUUGCACCUAACCUCUGUAACUCUUUUUUUUAAUACGACUGUCUACCAGAUGUAAUGCCUUGCUAGAAACAUAAAGAGCACAACGUUGUGUAAGACAUUCCAUUUGGUGAUGAGUUUUUGUUAAACUUUUUGGAUUUGAUAUAUUUGUGUAUGUAUGUAAUCAUUUCUAAAAUCAACCACUAUUAACACUGAUUUGUAAUGCAGUUGUAGAUACACUACUAUUUUCUUUUCUUCAAUCAUAUUUAUAUCAGGAGAGAUGUUUUUGUGUACUUUGAAUGAAAAGUAGAACCAAGUGUUACUAGACCAACUUUAGUGUUUUCAUGUUACCCUUUUUAACUUCAAAUGAUGUGAUAUUGAACUGUUGACAUUAGUGUAUGUUUGUUAUUAGAUUUUAUGAUAGGUGUGCUAAGAAAAUACUGUGACAUUUAAUGUAAAAGCACUGUGGUAAUAUUAAAUAGCAGAUAAUACGCACUAAUGAAAUUAUCUUUUUCACAGGCGUUUGAGUCUUUUAGUGGUCGAAAUGAACGUGAUAUUAAUAUAACAGUUAGUGAGUAGUCCAUAAAAUAUGUUUUUAAUAUUAUUGAAUGAUGCAAUAAAAUUCCUAUUUGAUAUCAUAGUGUGUUUUCCAACUUCCUAUUUGUCAGCUUUUUGAAUUUAUAUUUAGGUUUAAAAAUCCCAUUCUUUUUUGUUAUGCCUCAGUGAUUAUAGUCCUUUUGCUGUCUACAAAGCUUGAGGUGUCAGACUGACUACUGUAUUUAAUUGAAAUUGUUGAUUGUGUAACUUCUAAUAAACUAAUUGUUUCCACUGAUCAUAUA